CUGGGGUCCUUUCCAGCGCGGAUUAAAUCGACAACAAGCCCAAAUUGCUGUUAUUUAUCUUUAAUUUUAGUCAUUUAUAUCCUAUUUAAACGAUUUAGAUAUGUCCGGUAGAGACGGAGGCAAAAAGAAACCACUCAAGGCGCCCAAGAAACAAAACAAGGAAAUGGAUGAUGAAGACGUUGCCUUCAAGCAGAAGCAGAAGGAAGAGCAGAAAGCCAUGGAGGCGCUGAAGGCCAAAGCGUCAGGAAAAGGACCUUUAGCCAGUGGUGGGAUCAAGAAGUCGGGGAAGAAGUAAAGUCUGAAGAUGAUGUUGCCUAGCAACCCUCAGUUUGUUUUUCACUGGUAACCAUGAACAAUGCAACACUCAAGCUGUUCCUGCACUGAGCUCUUCCAGCUCUCAGUUCAGUGCAGAAACCUUUGAGUGAACA